AUGGAACCACAGACAGUAGAAACGCAACCGAAAAAACCGAAACCAUUCUCCAUAGACUCGAUAAUCGGUAACAAUCGGAAAUCGCCGGAGAUCGACAUCGAAAACCAAUCAGAUUCUAGAAAUUCUGAGGAAGAUGAAGAUGAAAUGAAUAGAAUGAGAUAUUAUUUCAAUUCGCCGUUUCUGCAGAAUGGUGUGUCGAUACCUUUUUUGUUAGGUUAUGGGGAGCCGUGGCUGUCGAGGGUCUUAGCGCCUGUGCCUGAGAGGGAGAGAGAGGAGAAAACGGAGAGUCCAGUUAGUGUGGGGAGUGAAGAGAGCGACGGGGGAGAGGAUAAUACGCAAGGUAACGACUCAGAGCCCGACCAAGAGGACUCAACAGACCGCCGCGAGAGCAAAGCGAGGCGCCGGCGCACCGCCUUCACAUCCGAACAGCUGUUGGAGUUAGAGCGAGAGUUCCACGCCAAGAAGUACCUGAGUCUGACAGAGAGGUCGCAGAUCGCUGCGGCGCUCAAACUUAGCGAAGUACAGGUCAAAAUAUGGUUCCAAAACCGUCGCGCGAAAUGGAAACGCGUGAAAGCCGGCCUCGCAUCCGGGAGUCACUCCGGCAAAACCUCGGGCACCAAGAUAGUCGUUCCCAUCCCUGUCCACGUGAACCGCUUUGCUGUACGAACACAACACCACCAAAUGGAAAAACAACAGUUCAGACUAGACAGGAACCAACCUUGCAGCCUUUUACAGUCCCAAACAUCAGCGUUCUCGAAAAACGACGCGUUCUUAAAAGAAUCGAAUCCGUUUUUGAAGGAAUCGAGUCCGUUUUUGAAAAACGAAUCGGUAAUAUCGAUGGGGCGCAGCACUAUGUACGAUGCGAGCAUGUCCGCUAGGUUGGCAAGUUUGAGUCAAGCCGCCAAUUUGAGGUUUGGAAAUCAAAAUGGCCGACCUAGCUAGUCUGGGAUUUGCAAUAGAUACAGGCUGAUUUUCUUUGGUAAUAAAGAUAAUCAAUUAAGUAUUAUAGUCAGACCGUUAAAAGUCUGCAGCGAUUUUGAUAGCUCACGCAGUGCAAGUGUCAUUUUAAACGUCAAACUUCUAUGAAAUUAUGACGUAUACAUAACACUUACACUGCGUGGGCUAUCAAAUCCGCUGAAGACUUUGUUUGGUGCGACUAUAUCACUGAAGCAUUGAGCAUGCGAUAAUUACCUUUUGUUAUUUUCGGUACAAUUCAUAGUCUAAAUUAAUGAGCGGUUGUAUGGAUAAUGCUUCAGUGGAAAUGUGUCAAGUCAACAAAAUUUUAUCAUAUUUUUACAAAAUGGUUGUUUCAAAUCGAGUCGGCAAAAACGCUUCAGUCAACUAAGUACCACUUUUUAGUGCCAUAUACCUACUGAAUCGCGUUACUACCAAAACAAGCUUGAUUUUUGUUUAAUUAUGUGCUUGCAAAUGACGAUAACAAAUAUGAAAAAAUCUAUGUUAGACAGCUGAAUCGUCAAUCCUGAACACUUGAAAGAAAUGUCACUCCAAAAGUCACUGUAAGAAAUCAUUGAGCUGAAAUAUCUGGUACUUGAAACAACCUGCUUAAAAAUAUCUAUAAAUAAAAUAAAAUAACAGGUAUUAUGUUGAUUUAUUAAAAGUUGGCCUGCUUAAAGGUUAAUACUGUAAUAAAUUCGUGUUAAAAAUCAUUGCAAAUAUAUUGU